AUGGUGAGUCUGGUCUGCAUGGCCACGUUGUGCGGCCGCCUCUCCCGGCUCGAGUACCGUGGAUACGACUCGGCCGGCAUAGCGGUCGACGGCGACAAGAAGAACGAGGUCUUUGCCUUCAAGGAGGUCGGCAAGGUCGCGAAGCUCAAGGAGCUCAUCGACUCCUCCAAGCCUGACCUCUCCAAGACCUUCGAGUCCCACGUCGGUAUCGCCCACACCAGAUGGGCCACCCACGGCUCCCCUUCCAGAAUCAACUGCCACCCCCACCGAUCCGACCCCAAGUGGGAGUUUGCCAUCGUGCACAAUGGCAUCAUCACCAACUACAAGGAGCUCAAGGCCCUGCUCGAGUCCAAGGGCUUCCGCUUCGAGACCGACACCGACACAGAGUGCAUCGCCAAACUGGCCAAGUAUCUGUACGACCUCCACCCGGACAUCGACUUCACCGUCCUCGCCAAGGCGGUCGUCAAGGAGCUCGAGGGCGCCUUUGGUCUGCUCAUGAAGUCCGUGCACUACCCCCAUGAAGUCAUUGCCGCCCGCAAGGGUUCCCCCCUGGUCAUCGGUGUCCGCACGGAGAAGAAGAUGAAGGUCGACUUUGUCGACGUCGAGUACUCGGAAGACGGCGCUGCCCUGCCCGCCGAGGAGGCCUCCCAGAACGCCGCCAUCAAGAAGUCGGCCACCAACCUGCUCGCCCCUCCAGACAAGAGCCUGCUUCACCGCUCCCAGUCUCGAGCCUUCCUCUCGGACGACGGCGUGCCCCAGCCAGCAGAGUUCUUCCUCUCCUCUGAUCCCUCCGCCAUCAUCGAGCACACCAAGAAGGUCCUCUACCUCGAGGACGACGACAUCGCCCACAUCCACGAGGGCCAGCUCAACAUCCACCGUCUCAACAAGAACGAUGGCACCUCCAACGUCCGUGCCAUCCAGACCAUCGAGCUCGAGCUCCAGGAGAUCAUGAAGGGCAAGUUCGACCACUUCAUGCAAAAGGAGAUCUUCGAGCAGCCCGAGUCCGUCGUCAACACCAUGCGUGGCCGUCUCGACGCCGAGAACGGCAAGGUCACCCUCGGUGGCCUCCGCCAGUACAUCUCCACCAUCCGUCGCUGCCGCCGCAUCAUCUUCAUCGCCUGCGGGACCAGCUACCACUCCUGCAUGGCCGUCCGCGGUGUCUUCGAGGAGCUGACCGAGAUCCCCAUCUCCGUCGAGCUGGCCUCUGACUUCCUCGACCGCGAGGCCCCCGUCUUCCGUGACGACACCUGCGUCUUCGUCUCGCAGUCCGGCGAGACCGCAGACUCCCUCAACGCCCUCCGCUACUGUCUCGAGCGCGGUGCCCUCACCGUCGGCUUCGUCAACGUCGUCGGCUCCUCCAUCUCCCUCCUCACCCACUGCGGCGUCCACAUCAACGCCGGCCCCGAGAUCGGUGUCGCCUCCACCAAGGCCUACACCUCCCAGUUCGUCGCCAUGGUCAUGUUCGCCCUCUCCCUCAGCGAGGACCGUGCCUCCAAGAAGCAGCGCCGCGAGGAGAUCAUCAAGGGCCUCGGCCUCGUCUCCAACCAGUUCAGAGAGAUCCUCAAGCUCAGCGAGCCCAUCAAGGAGAUGUGCGCCAAGUUCUUCAAGAACCAAAAGUCCCUUCUCCUCCUCGGCCGUGGAGCCCAGCACGCCACCGCCCUCGAGGGUGCCCUCAAGAUCAAGGAAAUCUCCUACCUCCACUGCGAGGCCGUCAUGUCCGGUGAACUCAAGCACGGUGUCCUCGCCCUCGUCGACGAGCACCUGCCCAUCAUCAUGAUCCUGACCAGAGACAACCUCUUCGCCAAGUCCCUCAACGCCUACCAGCAGGUCAUCGCUCGUGCCGGCCGGCCCAUCGUCAUCUGCAACCCAGACGACGAGGAGUUCCCCGCCUCCGAGACAGAGCGUAUCCAGAUCCCCCGCACCGUCGACUGUCUGCAGGGUCUCCUCAACGUCAUCCCGCUACAGCUCAUUGCCUACUGGCUUGCCGUCGGCGAAGGCCUCAACGUCGAUUUCCCCCGUAACCUCGCCAAGUCGGUUACCGUCGAGUAA